GACUAAAAAUAACUGCCCAAUUUAAAAAAUGAAAAAUCCAAAUAAUUUGCUUAAUUAAACAAAAUUAUUAUUUUAUUUUUUAUUCCCAUUUUUUUUUGCAACUAAAAACCAUAAAUUAAUAAUAAUAACAAUAACGGUAAAAAAACAAUUAUAUUGAUCAUGUGAAAAAAUAAAAUUUUAAUUUAAUUAUGUAUGGAAUUAUGAAUAGAAAUUUGUCGACAUUAAAAAGAACAAAUCUCCAAAAUGUUAGACUCGCACAUCAUUCGUGUAAAAUUUUGAUACUCGGGGGUGGAACAGGAGGAUGUUCAAUGGCAGCAAAAUUAUCGAGAAAAUUCAAAGAAAAACCAUCUCACGUGAUAGUCGUUGAUCCCGCCGAACAUCAUUAUUAUCAGCCAUUUUUCACAUUAAUUGGCGGUGGAAUUGGAAAUAUGAAAAAAUGUCGACGAGAAAUGAAAGAUGUUCUUCCAAAAAAUGCCCAAUGGAUAAAUGAUUUUGUCAUUGAGAUUGAUCCAAAGAAUCAAAAAAUCACCACCAAAAAUGGCGACACUGUUAAUUAUGAGAUUUUAAUUGUUGCCCUUGGACUUAAACUCAAUUGGCAAGCUGUACCAGGACUGGUUGAGAGUCUUGAUAAUCAAAAAUCGCAAGUGUGUUCAAUUUAUAGUCCAGAAACGGUGCCAAAAGUUUAUGGGGCAAUUAAAAGAACAAAAAAUGGAAAUGCACUUUUUACUUAUCCAAAUACACCGAUUAAAUGUGCAGGUGCACCACAAAAAAUAAUGUAUCUCGCCGAAGCUUAUUGGCAAAAACAUAAUUUGAGGGACAAUAUUAAUGUUGUGUACAAUACUGCAUUGCCAGUGAUUUUUGGAGUGAAAAAAUACGCCGAUGCACUUUGGAAAGUUUGCGAAGGUCGACAAAUUAAAGUUCAUUUAAGCACGAAUUUAAUUGAAAUCAGGCCCGAUAAGUGUGAGGCUGUUUUUCAAAAUUUGGUGAAACCAGAGGAAAAACGAGUCGAAAAGUAUUCGCUGUUACACGUGACACCGCCAAUGACAACACCUGACGUUUUAAAAAAUAAUCGUGAUAUAACCAAUGAAUCGGGUUUUCUUUGUGUCAAUGAAAAAACUCUUCGUCAUGACAAAUAUCAAAAUAUUUUUGGUAUUGGAGACUGUACAAAUACGCCAAAUUCAAAAACAAUGGCCGCAGUUGCAUCUCAAGUGAAAGUUUUAUACGAAAAUAUCAUGGACCAUUUAGAGGGUAAAGAGAUGUCACAAAUUUAUAAUGGUUACGCAUCAUGUCCAAUUGUCACUGGCAAUGAUAAAUGUAUACUUGCUGAAUUUGAUUAUAAAUUACAACCGCGUGAAACAUUUCCCUAUAAUCAAAGAAACGAAUCACAUUUGGCUUUUCUAUUGAAAAAAGAUGUUUUUCCCUUUGUUUACUGGAAUCUCAUGUUAAAUGGCCACUGGCAUGGACCUGAAGCAUUUCGAAAAAUUUUCCAUCCUUUUGCAAAAAAAUAAUAAGUAAUACGCUGAAUUUUUACAAGAAAAAAAAAAGAAAGCAAAUUCAGUUUCUAAAAAUCGCGAAUGGCGAUUAAAGGAUUUUUUUUUUCUUUUUAAUAUGAGAGAUUAGUGUCAAGUGGUCCAUAUGUGAUGUGAAAUUGAUGGAGAGUUAAAAAAAAAAUGAGUCUUAUGGAGUAGCACACAAACUGGAAUUUUUUCUAGAGAUGAGUAUUUAAAAGUACGUUUUUUUAAAAACAAAUUUUUUUACACUUUUCUUUUUUUGUACAAAAAUAUAUUUUAUUCUUUUUUUAGUAAAAUUUACCAUAUAUAUUUUGGUGAAAAUUUACUACACAUUUGGUAGAAUUUACUAUAUAUAUUUGGUAAAAUUUAGUAUAUGUAUAUUUUGUAAAAUUUACAAUUAUUUGUAAAAUUUACUAUAUUCUGUAAAUUUUACUGUGUUUGGUAAAUUUUACUAUACAUUCGGUAAAAUUUACCAAAAAAAGAUUUUUUUUUUUCGUAAAAAUUUACACCUU